AUGCAUAACGAUUUCCUGCAGUCUUCUAACCAGUCCAGUGACUUCACCAAGACUUACUCUUCUUACUCCAGUGGCUUUGGUGGGAGGGGUUACGAAAUAGCAAAGAAGGCUUCUGGUGAGCAACUGCCAUACAACUAUCAACGUGGGAUGUCCCUGACUAGUGUACCUUAUCCUUAUUUCUGGAAACCAGAGAUAAAAUACAAGCAGAAAAUUCUAGAAGCCACCAGGAAGAUCAUUGAUCUGCUGGCAGGAGAGGAAGAUCACACCAUCCCCCACUAUCAUAAGGAUGCGGAACUGAAAGACAUCAAAGCUGAGAUUAAAGAGGAAGAAGAAGAGAUGUCUAUAAACAAAGCUCAGCAGUCUAUAGGAGGGGGAGGUCAUCUAUAUUCCCGGGAUUCCACACAGGAAGAUCACAUCCCUCACCAUCAUCAGCAUGAAGAACUGGCAGAUGUGAAAGUUGAGAUUAAAGAGGAAGAAGUGGAGACGUAUGUGAGUUCUGAUCAUUGGCCUGCUGAAAAUGUUAUGAUAAUGAAGUCACCUAUAGAGGAGGAGUCUUCUUUAGAUAUCAGUACAGAUGGACACUGUGUUCAAGACUCUUCUGAGGGACUUUUUCUUUCAUCUCCAUAUCGUAAUGCAGAAGACUUUGUUGUCCAAUAUUCUCCGGUAGUCCAUUCUAUUACCUACAAUAUACAUCACAGACCGGACCAUCUGAAGCAAUCAAUGGAUCCCUCUAAUCCUGAGGAAUCUUCACAUUCUGUGACUCCGGAAAUCCAUGUAAAAUCUCAGAGUACGGAAGGAUCUACAGGUCUCUCUGAUCCCCAGGAAUCUUCUUUAAGCCACACAGGGGAUACUUUAUUUUCAUGUACAGUGUGCGGAAAUUCUUUCACGGAACUUGGAGAACUUCUUAUACACCAGAAAACUCACAGGGAUCAACGUUCUUUCCCAUGCUCAGAGUGCGGGAAAAUUUUCAGUCAGGAAAGAUCUCUUCUUAGACACCUCAGGGUUCACACAGGUGCUGUGGCCCAACGCCCAAACCCAGAGGCAGCUAGCCGUCUGCACGAGAGGCAUUUUCCAGAUAUCCUCCAACCCACCCCAACACAAAGGGCACCUCAAAGAAGAUGUCGAGUUUGUAGUAAACGCGGGAUGAGGCGUGACACCCGGUAUUAUUGUCCCUCCUGUCCCAACCACCCUGGUCUCUGCAUCAAGAACUGCUUCCGGCGCUACCAUACCUUAGUGAACUAUUAGUCUUGGGUACAACGCAGCACAUUAAAGAGGUCCACACAUUUCUGUGCCUCUAAAGACGUUGGGUAGUCAGGAAACUAUCAGAGACCCUAAAACCAAAGGCUGGAAAAGUUAUUGUUACCAAAAACGUUGAAAAAAGUAAAAAAAAAAGUUGUUUUAUUGA